UCUACAUCCUGCUGCUUCUGCACGCGCCCACUCGGCUGUGGAUCUGGUUCUUCUUCCUGGCCCUCAUCGUGGCCGUCGACAGGAUGAUGCUGGAGAAGCACCAGAGUGAGCUGGCGAUCCUCAUGCAGGUGGAGCUGCUGCCGAAGGACGUCAUCGGCCUCACGCUCGACCAGCCCAAGGGCUUCAGCUAUCAGGCUGGGCAGAACAUCCUCCCGGGCUGGCGGGGCGAGUGGCGCCCGUUCACGCUGUCGUCGGCCCCCGAGGUGCCCCAGGCCGCGUCGCAGGAAAGGAUGAGGCCGGGGGACGCCAUCGAGUACAAGAAGUACGUCCACCCGGGCAGCCAGACGGUCUAUUGUCUGCCCGACUUCAAACAGGUCGCCGUGCUUGAAGGAAAGCUGCUGAGCCGCCCCGCCUCUGGCCCUUGCUUCCGACGCGAAGCUGGAGAAGAGGAUGUAUUGGGAGAGCUCGCAGACGAAGCUCCAUGGCCGAAGAAGACGCAUGAUCUCAACAGAGACUUCUUGAUUGAAGCCUGCAAGAGUUCAAACAUCGUGGUUGCGAAUCCACUCUUUGCGCAUGAGCUGAACAAGCUGGUUACGUACUACUCCCCCGACGCGGACAAGGCAGCCGAUGCGACGAAUGGAGGCAUUACGCAAAUCGACCAGUGCUUAGUGGAUGGCGCCGUGGCGCAGCUCAUCCAAGAUAUUCAAUCAAG